AUGGCCGACAUCACUGAUCAACACGACCAAACCUCGCCCACCGAGCUCGAGGACGCGCAUUCCGUCGGCAACGGCAACAACAAUGUUGGCGAGACCCGCGGCAUCAAGCGCGCCCGCCCUAGCACGGCUGACGACGAUGAUGACGACGACGAAAAGGGCGGUCGCGAGCGCCGCAAGAUCGAGAUUAAGUUCAUCGGCGACAAGUCGCGCCGCCACAUCACCUUCUCCAAACGCAAGGCUGGUAUUAUGAAGAAGGCCUACGAACUGUCAGUCUUGACAGGGACCCAAGUGCUCCUUCUCGUCGUGUCCGAAACCGGUCUCGUCUACACCUUCACCACCCCCAAACUACAGCCUCUUGUCACAAAGGCAGAGGGCAAGAACUUGAUUCAGGCUUGCCUAAACGCUCCCGAGCCCCCCGCUGGGGAUAACGGCGUGGAUGACGCCAAUGCUGUCGACUCCCCCGAAGAGCCCACGAGCGCCCACCUGCCCCCCCAGCAGAGCCGGCCAGGGAUGCCUCAGGGCCACAUGCCCCCCAACUACAUGCCCAACGUCGGAAUGGACCCCCAGCAAGCGCUCGCAUAUGGCUAUGUGCAACAGCAACGGGGAAGCCAGUACAUGCCGCCAUCCAGCCUCCAGCAGCAUGCUGGUCACCAAUCCUAA